UAAGUUUCCAUGUCUGGACGCGGGAAACAAGGCGGCAAGGCGCGCGCCAAGGCCAAGACGCGCUCGUCGCGGGCCGGGCUCCAAUUCCCCGUGGGCCGCGUGCACCGGCUGCUCCGCAAGGGCAACUACGCCGAGCGGGUUGGGGCCGGCGCGCCAGUGUACCUGGCGGCCGUGCUGGAGUACCUGACGGCCGAGAUCCUGGAGCUGGCGGGCAACGCGGCCCGCGACAACAAGAAGACGCGCAUCAUCCCGCGCCACCUGCAGCUGGCCAUCCGCAACGACGAGGAGCUCAACAAGCUGCUGGGCAAGGUCACCAUCGCGCAGGCACCUUGCGGUGGCGCUUGGCGCCGCCCUUGCCGAGCCCCUUGCCGCCUUUGCCGCGUCCAGACAUAG